AUGUAUUCCAUAUUUGAUGCCAUCUCAGAACGCUCCAAGGUCUACAAGGUAAGGAUCAGCUAUUGGCAGAAAAGAUGAAUCACUUUUGUUUAUGAUCUCCCAUGUUGAAUUACGCACCGAGUGUUCCUUCUCUAUGGCGCAGGUGGAGACUAUCGGUGACAGCUAUAUGAUAGCCUCUGGCCUGCCCAGUGUAACGAAGUAUCACAGUGCCCAUAUCGCAGAGACUGUGCUGGAUAUACUCCAGAAAACCCGGCGGAAGCUGUUUUGGCCGGUCAUGAAGGGAGAGACAGAGAAAAGGCCAGUCCGCUUAUACGUUGGCUGUCACACAGGAGCCGUUGUGGCCGGCGUCGUUGGACUUCACUCUCCCCGGUACUGUCUCUUUGGAAACACAGUCAAUGUGGCCAGUCGAAUGAUGAGUCAUGGAAUUGUAAGUUGUUGA